AUGCCUUCCGCCCAGUUUUUCAACUACCCCGGCACGGAGACCAAUGCCGAGCAGUAUCACUACUCCCAGGCGGUCAAACUAGGAAACACAAUCCGCACCUCGGGCCAGGGCGGCUGGGACGAGAAUGGAAAAGUCACGCCCGACCUUGAGAGGCAGAUCAGCCUUGCCUUUGACAACGUCCUGAAGGCCCUUCAAGCCGUCGACUCCCGUCUAUCGUUUAACGACAUCUACGCCGUCCGCUCCUACCACAUCGACAUGGACGCAAGCUUCGACCUCAUGACGGCGCAGUUCAAAAGCCUGUUUCCCAACCACCGGCCUAUCUGGACAUGUGUACAGAUUGGAAAGCUUGGACUGGAGGGCAUGCAGGUGGAGGUUGAAGUCGAGGCGUCGAUUCCCGCUUAA